AUGACUGUUACGCCAUUCCAGCAAGUCCCUCUAAGAAGCGUGGAUAUCAAUACCCCACCAGAGGAAGUGGUGCGCAUUCUUAAAGAGGAUGGAACUGUCACUGUGAAGAAUUUCAUCGACCCUGAGCUAGUUCAAAAGCUCCAGGAAGAGAUUGAUCCAACCAUUGCCGCGUUUCCUUUGGGGCCCAACCAUGAAAGCGAGGUCUACAAAGUGACCAUUGGAUCAAAGACCAAACAAGUUGCCAACUUGGUCACGGUCUCCGAAACCUUCCGUCACAAGAUCCUCAACCACAGCUUCAUGCACGAGGUGACCGAUCGAGUCUUCCGCCCCGACUGGGGUGACUACUGGAUGAACCGAAGCUCAAUUCUCCACAUCGAGCCCGGCGAGAAGGCUCAAAUCGUCCACCAGGAUCUCCCUUUGUACCGGGUCAAUGAUUACCGCACGCCAGACCAGCCAGAGUUUAUGCUCAAUUAUUUCGUUGCUCUCACCGAGUUCCGUGAGGAUAACGGCGCUACCCGACUUAUCCCCGGGAGCCACCGUUGGGAUGGCAAGUCGCCCCGCCCCACUUAUGAGCAGGGUGUCCCUGCCCUCCUCCAGCCCGGGGAUGCAAUUUUGCUCUUCGGCAGCUUGUUCCACGCCGCCGGUGCAAACAACGCCAAUGAGAACCGUCGGGCACUAGCAGUCUCUAUGCACCCAUGUCACUUUACACCGCUUGAGUCUCACUUGCACAUCAGCCGAGAGACCGUCGAGACCAUGACGCCACUGGCUCAAAAGAUGAUCGGAUGGCGGUCCCUGGACAAUCACAAUGGGGUCCCGAUCUGGAUGGCUGGUGAUAGACGGAUGGAGAAAAUAAUAGGACUGAAGGCCGCGGAAGAAAAAGGGGACGUGGACGUCUAG